AGAUGCGAGGCUGCGGCACAUGAUAGCACCACAUGAGAAGCAACAUCUCAGCUCUCUUGUGAGGCAAGGCUAGGCGUUUUCGCAAACGUCCUUUUUCUUUCAAAAUAUCGAUAUCGUAAAAUCUUCGCCUUUUUUACUUUUUUUACUUUCGAGGAUUCCAGUUGCUCAGCGAGUAUAUUGAAAUAGAUUUACCCUGGUGAAGAUGGCUAACUUAACAAACUAUCAUUCAUGCCAAUACUGCCAGAAAUUUUUGAUAGAUCUCAAUAAUAAGCAGCCUCCCGGCGACAUUACCACAGACUAUGGGAAAGCAACAGAAGGGAUAUUUUUCUUCGAUGCGACCUUACAGAAUGUGCUUGAAGGUGCUUCCCAUCAUUGUCACUUAUGCAAAUGGCUGGAUGGCGCAUGGGAGAAACGUUACGGUGAUCGAUACAAGAUGCUUGCGAAAGUCCCUACUGACCGUAUAACUAUUUGUGCCGAUAGCUAUAGUAUGUCCCUAACUGACCGCUACCCAUUCGACGAGUUGUCUUUCAUAGGUUUAUGGGAGCACGAUAACCCUGGAUUGGGCAAAUGCCGAAUCAGAAGCCCAUACAGCCUAGAUGUUUUUACAACGGAAGAUGAUGCAGCAAGCCAGUUCAUUUUGACUCGCCCUAUCAAUUGUCGGCCAGGUGCCGUGGAAAAUCUUGCAUUGGCACGAAGCUGGCUAGAAGGAUGUCUAGAUUCACAUCCUAAAUGCCGCACAGAGCAAAACUCCAUGCUUUCACGAAUUCUUCGUAUAGAUAAGGUCGAGGGUCUAGAUGAAUUUGAAAUUAGCCUCGAACCGACUUAUGAUAAGGUAGAACCAUAUGUAACACUUAGCUAUUGCUGGGGAGGUGACCAGGCUUGCAAGACUACAAAAUCACGGAUGAGGUCGGGUAACUUAAGCAUUCCAUACGGUAAACUCGCUCAAUCCAUACAAGAUGCUAUUAAAGUAACUUCAAGACUGGGUUUACAAUACCUCUGGGUCGAUGCUCUAUGCAUCAUCCAAGACGACGAGGGAGACAAGAUUGAACAGAUCGCCAAUAUGCCUUGGAUCUACAAUCAAGCAUGUAUCACAAUUGUUGCAGCACGGUCGGAUCGCGCAAGCAGGGGAUUUCUGGACGAUAUUGACUUGGCUCAAAGUACGAAGCUUGCUGUAAGGCUUCCAUUCUGUUGCCCAGACCAGCACGGCACUUUGGGCUCGGCAUAUAUCACUUAUAUCGACGAUAGCCGAGGAUCUGAGCCCAUCCAUUCCCGUGCGUGGACGCUACAGGAGCGAUAUCUAUCUAAUAGAUAUAUAGAAUUUGGCAGAAACCAAAUGCGUUGGGUAUGCGCGUGCUCUGGAAGAUUGAAGAGACGUGGGCCGCUCGGUCUCAUUCUCCGCGCGAUGCCUUGCGAUACGACUCGUUUGUUUAUGCGAUUUACACAUUUAGGUCUAUUCCACAUCAAUACAAGAUCCAAAAGUCGAGUAAAAGAGGACACGAGUAACACGGGGAAGAUAGGCGCUUAUUCAACUAUAGAUUGUGUCGACUUAUUUGAAAAGGUUACUCCGGAGGUUAUUGAAAUUGAAUAGGAGUAAUAAGAAGUAAAACAAAUAAGAAUCGAGAUGACCUACAUCACA